AUGAUUCACCUUGCUUCACCUUUGGUCACUUCUCCUCCAGCGACGUCAGGCCUUCCUCAUUACAAAUUGACCAACGAUAAGCUAAUACUUAUAACUGAAUGGUUUCACUCUCAAUUGGGUGUGCGACUCCUCCAUCGCACUGAUUACUACGAAUGUGACUCUUCCACUACACCUGUGAUUGCGUCCCGUCUCACCUCCCUGACCGCUACCUUAAUAGGUUUAUCUAUUCAAUUAGAUUUUUCUUUUCAGUUAGAAAUCGAUUUCGUCGCCUCCCCAGCUCUUCAUCUCUUCACUAAAAUCUCUCUUCAUCUAUCCACUAAAAUCUUCACGGAGCUUCUUGCAUUAGGUGAGCAGAUUGGGAAUGCUGGAUCAGGGUUAUCAGAGGAUUUUAUUUCAGGUAAGGGCAAAUUCGUAAAAAGUUAG